UGACCGGGGUCAGCAGCUCCACGUGACUACUCACUAUGGCUUCCCUGUGUCCGGGCCAGCUGUUUGGUGGUUCGGCGUGAUUUGUUAGUGCUUUGCCGCAGGAUACCACUCUCACGAUUUCGACAUGCAAAAAAUCAAAUCUCUUAUGACCCGACAGGGUCUGAAGAGCCCUCCGGAAAGCCUUGGUGAUCUUAGUGCCAUUGAGAGUCUCCGGGUCCCUGGAAAGGAGGAAUUUCGAGAACUUCGAGAACAGCCUAGUGACCCUCAAGCGGAACAAGAACUAAUUAAUAGUAUUGAACAAGUAUAUUUUUCUACGGACUCAUUUGAUAUUGUUAAAUAUGAGCUGGAGAAGCUCCCUCCUGUUCUCAAUUUGCAAGAAUUAGAAGAGUACAGAGACAAAUUGAAACAACAGCAAGCUGCAGUCUCUAAAAAAGUAGCAGAUUUAAUCCUUGAAAAACAGCCUGCUUAUGUAAAGGAACUUGAAAGAGUUACCUCAUUACAGACGGGUCUUCAGUUAGCUGCUGUUAUCUGCACAAAUGGAAGGAGACACUUGAAUAUUGCCAAGGAAGGUUUUACUCAAGCUAGUUUAGGCCUUCUUGCAAAUCAAAGGAAACGUCAGUUGCUGAUUGGACUUCUGAAAUCUCUGAGAACUAUAAAAACAUUGCAAAGAACAGAUGUGCGCUUAAGUGAAAUGCUGGAGGAGGAAGACUAUCCAGGAGCUAUUCAGUUGUGUCUGGAAUGUCAGAAAGCUGCCAGCACCUUUAAACAUUACAGUUGCAUAAGUGAAUUGAAUUCAAAGCUUCAAGAUACUUUAGAACAAAUUGAGGAACAGUUGGAUGUAGCUCUUUCCAAAAUCUGCAAGAAUUUUGAUAUUAACCAUUACACCAAGGUUCAGCAAGCUUAUCGACUUCUUGGAAAAACACAGACAGCGAUGGAUCAACUUCACAUGCAUUUCACUCAAGCCAUUCAUAAUACUGUGUUUCAAGUUGUUCUUGGUUAUGUGGAACUAUGUUCAGGAAACACAGAUACAAAAUUCCAAAAGCUGCAAUAUAAGGAUCUCUGUACACAUGUUACACCAGACAGCUAUAUUCCAUGCCUUGCUGACCUGUGCAAAGCACUGUGGGAAGUUAUGCUCAGCUAUUACAGGACUAUGGAAUGGCAUGAAAAGCAUGACAAUGAGGAUACUACUUCUGCUUCUGAAGGGAGUAAUAUGGGUACUGAAGAAACUAAUUUUGAUCGUGGCUACAUAAAAAAGAAAUUAGAACAUGGACUUACACGAAUAUGGCAGGAUGUUCAGCUAAAAGUAAAAACCUACUUGCUUGGAACAGAUUUGUCUAUAUUUAAAUAUGAUGAUUUCAUCUUUGUUUUGGAUAUAAUCAGCAGGUUGAUGCAAGUUGGAGAAGAAUUUUGUGGUAGCAAAUCUGAAGUUUUGCAAGAGUCCAUUAGAAAACAGAGUGUCAAUUAUUUUAAGAACUACCAUAGAACACGGCUUGAUGAACUGAGAAUGUUUCUAGAGAAUGAGACCUGGGAGCUUUGUCCUGUGAAGUCAAAUUUCAGCAUCUUGCAACUUCAUGAAUUUAAAUUCAUGGAACAGUCUCGUUCCCCAUCAGUUUCACCUAGUAAGCAACCAGCUUCAACAUCCUCAAAAACAGUGACCUUGUUUGAGCAGUACUGUAGUGAUGGGAAUCCAUUUGAAAUCCAGGCUAACCACAAAGACGAAGAAACAGAAGAUGUCCUGGCUUCUAAUGGGUAUGAAUCUGAUGAACAAGAAAAAAGUGCCUAUCAGGAGUAUGACAGUGACAGUGACGUUCCUGAGGAACUGAAACGAGAUUAUGUGGAUGAGCAAACAGGUGAUGCACCUGUGAAAAGCAUUUCUAGAGAAACUCUAAAAAGCAGGAAGAAGUCAGAUUAUAGUCUAAAUAAAGUGAAUGCACCCAUCUUAACCAAUACAACAUUGAAUGUAAUAAGACUUGUUGGUAAAUAUAUGCAGAUGAUGAACAUUCUUAAACCAAUUGCCUUUGAUGUUAUCCAUUUCACGUCUCAGCUAUUUGAUUACUACUUGUAUGCAAUCUAUACCUUUUUUGGUCGGAAUGAUUCACUGGAAUCAACAGGACUAGGCCUUAGUAGUAGUAGACUAAGAACAACUCUUAACAGAAUUCAAGAGAGCCUUAUUGAUUUGGAAGUUUCAGCUGAUCCUACCGCCACCCUCACAGCAGCAGAAGAGAGAAAGGAGAAGGUACCAAGCCCGCACCUCAGUCACCUAGUGGUUUUGACAUCUGGGGAUACAUUAUAUGGGCUGGCAGAAAGAGUGGUAGCCACAGAAUCCUUGGUAUUCUUGGCUGAACAGUUUGAGUUCCUUCAGCCCCAUCUGGAUGCCGUGAUGCCUGCCGUCAAAAAGCCCUUUCUUCAGCAGUUUUAUUCUCAGACAGUCUCAACUGCCAGUGAACUACGCAAACCAAUUUAUUGGAUUGUAGCCGGUAAAGCUAUUGAUUAUGAACAGAUGCUGCUCCUAAUGGCUAAUGUGAAGUGGGACGUAAAAGAAAUUAUGUCACAGCACAACAUCUAUGUAGAUGCACUGCUAAAGGAAUUUGAGCAGUUUAACAGGAGGUUAAAUGAGGUUUCUAAGAGAGUUCGGAUACCCCUGCCCGUGUCUAAUAUACUUUGGGAACACUGUAUACGUCUGGCCAACAGAACUAUUGUGGAAGGAUAUGCCAACGUCAAGAAGUGUAGUAAUGAGGGUCGUGCCUUGAUGCAAUUGGAUUUUCAACAGUUUUUAAUGAAACUUGAAAAACUAACAGAUAUUAGACCCAUUCCUGAUAAAGAAUUUGUGGAAACCUAUAUUAAAGCCUACUAUCUGACCGAGAAUGACAUGGAACGCUGGAUCAAAGAGCACAGGGUGGUGACUGGGGCCUAGGAGGCUGCAGCAGUUUUCCCAAAGUCACACUGCAAGGGACGGGAUCAGAACUUGAAUCCAGUGUUCUUCCUGUCACUGCUUCUAGCAGCCAUGUGAUCCACACGUUGGCCCCUGACAGACCUCAUCACAUUUCUUCGGAUUGCUGGUCUGCCUGAAUUGCAUCCCAGUAGCAGUGCCUUGGCCAUACAUUUGCCUGUUUCCUGAGGAGUUAUUUGGCACACUGCAGAAUGUAUGCUGGUACUCAGUGGGAUUCCUUACAUUUUUAGUGCUUCCAGAUGUAAUAGCAGAGCCUAUUACGGGUGAGUGAUGGGUCUUGAUUUGGGGGAGUGAGAAUCAGUGUUUAUGCCAUUAUGACAGGCAAAUGCUCAGGAGUAUUCUCCUCCAUGCGUUCUCUUGGUAAACCAUCCAAGGGAAGGGACCCUUUUCUGACUCUUGAGGAAUUCAGGUGUGAUUCAUGUGACAGUGAUAAUGUUUCUGCUGCCAUAUCAGCUUCUAAGGAAAUUCCAGGUCUUCUGUUCAGUUCCACCUCAGGUGUAGGGAAGGUUUUCUCCAUGUGGGGUCUUAAGUCUGGGGCUUUAAAGCGGUAGGUGCCCCACAGAUAAAAGAAAUGUCCACACUGGGCAGUUCAGCACUUAGUCUCUUCUCUCCUCUCUUGCCCUUGUGCAGAAUUGCCUUCCCCCUUUUCUGCUUACUUCUCUCCAUACCUUCCUUUUCUAUCCCAGUCACCCCAUUGCAACCUCUUUCCCUAGCCCCAAUCUUAGCAUGUUUGGGGGAACAGAAGAAGAGUUCUGUAAGUGGGCACAUUUUUGUUCACAUUUUAAUUAGGAGUUUCUUAGACUCAUUAGUUAAGCUUCUUUGAGGGUUGAAGGAGAAAAAUCAUAUUUGGAUGUGUGAGAAGCACAGAAAACCAACAGAGGCAUUAAUGGAGGUAUAACCCUGCCAUUUAUCAGUAUCUUAAGAUUGUCAGGAGAGUAUUCUCAAAUCUCGUAGUAGAUUUCUUUGUGGUUUGUAAAUUUAUAAAUGCAAGGACCUGAUAUUUUCCUCUUCAGGCUCAUAUGUUCACACACAUCUCCCUGUGCCCCCAACUUCAUUGACUAAACAAACAACUGUACUAGGUAUCUGUUUCUUCAGAUAAUGGAAUGGUUGUUCUAAAAUUUAUUUGGGCUGAGGUCCAUUGUUUACCUCUCCUGAGUCGUUAAUCUUUGAGACAAGGCUUUUUCCAAGCAAACUACCUGCAGUUUGGUCCCUGAAACUUAAGUAUGUGUCAAUAAUAAAAUUGUAAAUGAGAUUAUAAUUAGCACACACCAGGGACUAAGAUUUGGCAGUACCUGAUACACUUUUCUCAGUAAGUACUUUCUGUUUAAAAGCUCACUUGUUGGAAGCUGGUUUAAAUGCUUUUCUAAGCAUCUUGUAGAGGAAAGCCAAGGUGAUCCUCGUAAGUGAAGUUCCAUCGCUCACCAUGAGCACAUUACAGCAGUUUUCUACAUGUUGGCGAUUUGAAGUGUUGUUUGGCUGGUAUUUAACUAUAAUAAUAGGAACUUGGCUCCUGUGGUUUAAGGCAUUUUGAUGGCUGCUUUUUUCAUUUUAAGCCAAAAUAGAUUUUUGGGUUCUUUUUGUUAGAAGUGAAAUCCUCCUCUUUUUUCUUUGACUCUUCUUUUGCUUUUAGCUCUUAGAAUUCAUCUUCAGGAGAUUAUGAAGAGAAACUUUGGGAAGAGAUCAUGAUGUAAUCAAAAUGAUGGUGGCACAGAAGACUUUGUGCCGGGGUUUGGGUGGGCAGAUAUUGACCAGUUGGUGUGAUGACUGCUCUUCCCUAAGCUUCAGGGACACUGCGUAAAUGACAGAACUGUAGAAUUUGGAAUAGGAAGAUUUAGCAGUGACAGCAUCACACUAGAAUUGUCCAUCUAGCAAGGUAGAGUUGGAGAGUCAAAAAUAGUAAAAACAGAGAACAGUUGAGCAUCCAGAAAAAAGACAGAGAUGUCUUCACCAUGACUUGGGGAGUCCACAGUGGAUCUGUAGAGUUGGGAAAGUGACAAGUUGGCAGGAAGUGUCCAGGAGUCUUUUGUAAACCCAAAGUCCAGUAACACCCUGUUCACCCAGGAUCCAGUGAAUCCAUGUUGGAGGCAGCAUAUGGGCUCAGCAGCAGGGAACUUAGUAUGUAGCUCCAGGGAAUAAGAAGACAAAGUGCUGAGAGGCUUCCAGAGUAAAAUCUAACAGUUUUGAAGCUAGUAAGGAGCUUAGAGGUCACCUGGUGCAACCUUUCACUAGGAGAGUUACGGAUGUCUGUAAACUGUGGGUAUUCACAUGGGAGGAUAUCCUUCACUGCAUUCCUCCUCACUCCUAGCUACUUCCUGGGAAUUUCCAGCAACAGGUAGCUCACUUUUUUACAAGCUUCGAUCAUCAGAGAUCUUCCUGGAUCCGAAACUACACUCCAUGGGGUCUACUCUCAUUGUCUUCUGUUGUGCGCUGUAAUCAGGGAGAAUGUAGAAAUGCAUCUGUCAUAUCAGAUAAAGGGCUAGUAUCCAAAAUCUAUAAGGAACUUAUCAAACUCAACAUCCAAACAAACCAAUCAAGAAAUGGGCAGAAGACAUGAGCAGACAUUUCUCCAAAGAAGACAUCCAA